AAACGUUACAAGAUGACAAUCAGAAUUCUCAGCACAAAGUUUCUCAAUAAGUUUCCUUUCCCUAUUGCUUGAUUCGCUCCUGACGAUAAAUAUUGAGUGAUCGCCAGUUUUAUGUUUGCCGUUCAGUACUCGACAUCUGAAUAAUCAAUGUUCAUUCAUUUCAACGCAUAUCGCUAGCCUCCACAAUGUCUGGUUUAUCCACUAUUCUAAAUUAAUCUUGUUAUUUUAACCGAUCAGAUUUUAAUAAUGCACUGUAUGUAAACAAAUAUUUAUUGCUUGUCCAACAAAACUAUUUAUAAUUAUGGAAGAGUUUAUAGAGCACGUACAAUUUUCAUGGUUUAAGUCAUGAACUGUUAUUAACUUAACCACCUUUAUGAAUCUAGGAGCAUUGGAGACUCAUUUCGUCCUAUUAUGGAACUACUCAACAAUGUGGACCUACAUGACUCCGUCAUAGGGAAUCGAAUCCACUAACUUCAUUCUUGCACACGAACGUUUAACCGCUGAAAUACCGAAACAACAUCCAAUAGUAUACGAAUCUAACUUUAAUCGAUUCGCCAUAUACUACAAAAAAUGAUGAUGCCAUUCAAGUAUUUAGCAGUGGGAUCCAGAACAUUCAUUUUAUCUUAUUUGGGACUUGUUAGCUGGAGGUACCUGUAUCUCUGGUGUUGGUCUUCAUUUUGGAACUUGAACCCAAAAUGUUCAUAUCGUGAGAAUUCGUAGAAAAUCAAUAUAUAACAAUGAAGACUAACCUAAAGUCAUUUCAAAGUAUCAUCAUACCUGUUGAACAAGUUGAUAAGUAUGUAACGAGUGAACAUUUAAAGUUAAAGGUCUUGGCUUAAAUCCUAAUGAUAUGAACAUUAUCACUGGAAUGCAAGUGCACUCAGCUGACAAGGUAUGUGUCUCGGAUUGCAUUGAUUGCUACAACUUAUUAUAUAAAGUGUGACAAAUUAACCAUCUACAUAAAAAACUGAUCAGAAUUUAUUCCCUAAUAUUAACACAUUUAAGUAACUCAAAUCUUUAACCAUUCAAGUGUUCAUUGAUUACCGCUUGCAACACGCUGAUGUUAAAACAUUGCCAAAUCUGUCGAAAGGUCUAACCAAAUGAUUCAGAUGAUCUUGGAAUCGACGUUCACAAACAACGAUUCAUCUUAGAAAAAAACGGUUUAUUUAUAAUGAGAUGUACGUAAUUUAAUUACAAACGUCGAUUCUUAAGGUAUAUUUGGCGAAAAGAAAGUGAACUCCGUUAAUAAUAACUUAAAGAAUAAUUUAAAUAUACAAUAACGUUCAUGACGGUCGGUAACUGUGUGUAAAGUCAAUCAAUUACUAUCAGCAAUUAAAACAAGGAGUAAGAGCACACAAGCAUGGGAGCUGUUGCGUUUAGACAAACAUUCAAAGAAAUCUAUAAAUACUAGAAAUAACUGUUACUAUGGUUUAGGGAAUGUAAUUACAAUGAUAAGAACGGUAGAUACUAGUAAUUUAUGUAAAUAAUUGAAGAUAUUACACAACAAAUAAACGUACUAGAAAUGAACCAACUACUGAAUAAUAAGUAGUAUGAAACAAUAAACAAGUAGUGAAUUGAGCGGGUACCUAUCCAACAUUUUUUCUAUACUUAUUUCUUUUUUGACUUGUAUGUGCAGUUGGAUGAUAACAGUCAGAAUAUUGUCAAUUCAUUAGUUGAAUUGGACAGAACACGUAGAAAUGCUCAAUCAGCAGCUGACGCGCUUCGUGAAACAGAUCGAUGGAUUAAUUUAAUGCAAUGUAUUGAUGAGUUGUUUGAAGUUGGUGAUAUUGAUCAGCUUUGCUCGAAUAUUGAGGGUAUGAAUCAAUGUUUAGGAUCUUUUAUUCAUUUAAAUGAUUAUGAUGAACGUGUUAAACAAGUUGAUAAAUAUAAAAAUAAUUUAGAAAGUUUAAUAGCUCCAAAAUUAAUUCAAUCAUUUGAUGAUUUAAGUUUAUUCAUGAUGUCAAUGAAUACAUUAAUGUUACCUAAUGACAAUUAUAAUGAUACUAAUGUUGAUACCAUUAAUGAUGGUAAUGAUAAUGGUGAUCAAUUAAAAUUAACUUUACAUUUAAUUAAUUUAUUAUGUCGUAUUGGACGUGAAAAUGCAGCUAGAAAAUAUUAUACUAAUUGGUUAAAAGAACAAGUGAUUGGCUUUUGGGAUCGUAGUACUUGUCAAACAGUAGGAACCACUACAGCUGGUAAAUCGGACUCUUUGGCAGUGAUGGUGGAGGUAUUACCUGUCAUUAUACAAAAAUUAUCCUCGUAUCAAUCGAAAAUAUUUUCAAAUAAAGAACGACAAAAAUUGAAUUGUUUGCCAAUAUUCCCUGACACUGAGUUGAAUUCUGAUCAGUCGAUAAAUUCACAAAUGGUCAAUAAUAUUAUAUGUUUCUAUGCUUUAUUGAUAUGCUUUUUUAAAGGACAGUUAAAUGCAGGACUAAUUUUCCAUUACCAAAUAGAUCAACCUAAUUGUAAUCAUCAUCAUCAUCUUCACAAGGAACAACAUCAACAAAAGUCCGAAUAUCUUUUUCCUAUUGAAUUACUUAUGGAUUUUACUGAUUCAUUAAAAUCAUUUCAACCAUUUCAAACAUUUACUAAUUCUAUAUUGAAUUAUCAAUUAAUUGGAUGUUUAUUUCGUGUAACUGUUGGAUGUUUACAGUACUUUGAGGAAUUACUAAUUCCUUUUUAUUCAGAAAUGACAAAAAGGACAGUUUGUUCCAAAGAUAUAACAACCUUAUUAAAGAUAAAUAACAAUAAUGUUGAUUAUCAUCAUGAGAAUGUUGAUAAAUUUAAAUCAGCUUUUAUCGAAUUAAUUCAAGUAUUUAUUCAUCCAUUUGUAAAUCUGCCUGAAUUAUUCAGUAAUUAUAUAAGUAAACAAUUUGAUUAUAAACGAAAUGAAUUAAAUAUUACAGUGGGUAAUAAUAAUCCAUCAGACGUUCUGGAGAAAUUGAACAAAGAUGUUGUAAUAUCAUCAAUUUCACUAUUUUAUGAUACCAUUCAUUUGUGUUUUGAAGAAACCGGUGCAAUAGGGAUUCCUUUUAUUUUGGAUAUAGUUCAAAGUUAUUGGGAUUCAUUAAUUGCUAAUUGGAUAAUAUGGAAUACAUGGAUUGAAAAACAAUUAAUAAAAACUGAUAUGGAAUUAAAUUAUCAUCAAGCCUAUGGUUUUAUGUGGAUAUUAAAAUUUGCUCAUUUAACAGGAAAAUUAACUUCACAAUCUGACGUUUUCGUGGAAUAUGUCAUGUCUAAAUGUUCUAAUUGGUUAUCGUUUGUCCUUAAUUCGGCUGAUAAUGUAUUAACUAAAGACAGAACAAACAUCAACUUCAUCACUAAUGAUAAUCAAAUAAAUAUGAAUGAAGAUGACAAUCUCUAUAUGCCAACUAUAUCUAGUUGUGUUUUAUAUCAGUUAACUUUAAAACAAUCUACCGACUGUCAACAAGCAAUUCAUUCCCUUGCUCAUCCAUCUAAUCUAUCAACUUCUAUUAAUUCAUCAGUUGAUUUAUUAAAUAAAUCAAAAUCAAUCAUAAUUAAAUCACAUUCUAAUUUAAAUGGAAUGCAUAGAUCUAGUUCAAUGCUUUGUCGUUCCACAAUUGGUGUAGUACGUGAAAUUGCAUUGAAACCAAUACGUUAUUAUUUAAAAUCUGUACCAGAUUUAAAUAUUUGGUUUAUUCAUCCAAAUAAUGGUGAAGAAUGUUUACCGGAUUUGGCUUAUUUACCACAAGAUUAUAUUACAAAAAUUGGUCAAUAUUUAUUCAUGCUACCAGCACAAUUAGAACCGUAUUUAUCAUCAAUAAACGAGUUGAAUAUUGAUGCUCAAUUGAAUGAUCAAAUAAUUAUUCCAUCAUUGACAUCUCCUGGUGAUGGUUUAACUCACUGUUUUCAGUUAGGUGAUUCCGAUGUUAUUUACUCGAUGAUUUCGCAUAAAAUUAAUGACCAUUCUAAACAACAGCAACAUCAACCAGAAGAAGAAGGUAAAGAACAGACUAGUUCAACGCAAGCGAAAACAACAAACAUGUCAACAUCAUCUACUAGAAAACGUCAGCUGAGCAGCAAUUUUAAUCAACUCAAACAAAUGAUAAUGACUGAUGAUAAUAUGAGCUCAACGGAAAUUUCUUCAGUUUAUUGUUGGUUAGAAAAUUUAAUAUCUGUGAAUGUAUGUGAUUUGAUUGUGAAUGCAAUCUUACAAAUUGGAAUGAAUAAAUCUGUAGUUAACUCGUCAGUGACUUCAGCGACAGAGUCAAUGUCAAAAACAUCCAAAGCAUUGAAAUCUAAAAGUGAUUCUUUGAAAGGAAACACCUUAGCUCGUGACGUCAAUAAAGUUGAUGACGAUGAUGAUGAUGAUGACGAUAGUGUUGAAGAUCAGUUAUUACUUACUAAACAUGGUUUAAAACAACUGGAUGUUGAUCUUGGUUAUCUGUUUAGUAUGCUCCAUGAUUUAGGCGUCAGUGUUCCAAGUAAUCUGCAGACAUUACGUGAUUUAAUCAAUUGUGACGCAGAUCAAUUUCCUAAAUUAUGUGCCGAUCGUCCACCGAAAAUUGUGAAUGCUGUAGCUAAUUUUCGUGGUUUUUAAAUAUUACUUUGUUUUAAUAAAUGUAGAUUUUUUUACUUACAAAACGAAGACAUAUCAUUUUCGUUCUUUUUUCAAUUUGGUGAACUUUCCAUGUUGAAUUUUACUUGUAUUCUUUAUUUAUCCUUGUACUACCAGUUUCUUUGAAUAAAUAAUUCUUCCUUUACAGUGU